AUGGGGGAGUUCAACGAGAAGAAGGAGACAUGUGGCACUGUCUGCCUCAAGUACCUGCUCUUCACUUUCAACUGCUGCUUCUGGCUGGCUGGCCUGGCCGUCAUGGCAGUGGGCAUCUGGACGCUGGUCCUCAAGAGUGACUACAUCAGCCUGCUGUCCUCAGGCACUUACCUGGCCACAGCCUACAUCCUGGUGGUGGCUGGUGUGGUGGUCAUGGUGACGGGCAUCCUGGGCUGCUGUGCCACCUUCAAGGAGCGGAGGAGCUUGCUACGCCUGUACUUCAUCCUGCUCCUACUCAUCUUCCUGCUGGAGGUCAUCGCUGGAAUCUUGGCCUAUGUGUACUACCGGCAGCUGAAUGCAGAGCUCAAGGAGAACCUGAAGGACACCAUGACGAAGAGGUACCACCAGCCGGGCCACGAGGGCGUGACCAGCGCAGUGGACCAGCUGCAGCAGGAGGUGGGCUCCGGGGGACAAAACAAUUCCAAGGACUGGCGAGACAGUGAGUGGAUCCACUCUGGAGAGGCAGGCAGACGUGUGGUCCCGGACAGCUGUUGCAAGACAGUGGUGGAUGGCUGUGGCCAGCGAGACCACGCCUCCAACAUCUACAAGGUGGAGGGUGGCUGCAUUACCAAGCUGGAGACCUUCAUCCAGGAGCACCUGCGAGUCAUUGGGGCUGUGGGCAUUGGCAUCGCCUGCGUGCAGGUCUUUGGAAUGAUCUUCACCUGCUGUCUGUACAAGAGCCUGAAGCUGGAACACUACUGA